CCUCUCGAUUUUUAGCACAAAUUAGAAAAUAUAAAUUUUUAUCAUAAUUUUGCGGUAUGGUGAUGGGACAAAUUCCCUUUAUACUUAGCGCUAAUUGAUUUCUUUUCUUAUUUUUUGCUAGAUGUAAAAUGUUAAAUAGUGGGAGUUAGCCCUGAAGGAAUGUAUCACAUACUUCGAGUGAUACUGUAUCGGCUUUGGGUCGUGUCAACUCUCACACUAUUUUCAUCUGUUCUCGUGUUUUGGUUCUAUGGAUUUUUCACUGCAAUCGCGGCGUUUAUCCUGGGAAUUUCAGGUAUCAUGUACACUGCCCAGGACCUUCUACUCUACUACCCGAACGAUCCUCCGGACUCCAGGAUAUUUGUAUUUCAGCCAAGCAGCUAUAAGCUGCCAUAUGAAAGCAUUAAAAUAAAAAACAAGGAUGGUUUUAAAAUUCACAUGUUCUUAAUAAAACAGGCCAAUAAUAGCAACCAUCGACCUACAAUGAUAUUCUUUCACGGGAAUGCUGGAAACAUGGGUCAAAGGUUGUUAAAUGCGUCAGGCUUUUACCACAAGCUAAAUAUAAACAUCCUUAUGGUGGAAUACCGAGGCUAUGGUCUCUCAGAAGGGUCGCCUUCAGAGCGUGGCCUCUACGUUGAUGCAUUGUCAGCACUUGACUAUCUCAUGCAGAGAACCGACAUUGACCGUACCAAAAUUAUUGUGUUUGGUAGGUCAUUAGGUGGUGCUGUAGCAAUAGAUUUGGCUUCAAGAAUAGAGUACAGGAACAAAAUUUGGGCGCUUGUGGUAGAGAAUACUUUUACCAGUGUGCCAGACAUGGCGCAGAUUAUUUUGAAGUGGAAAUGUUUGUUAUGGUUGCCUCAGCUUUGCCACAAGAAUAAGUAUAUGUCAUUGAAGAAAAUUGGGUCAGUAUUAACACCCACUCUUAUUAUGUGUGGCUCAAAUGAUGCUCUGGUGCCUCCAGAGAUGGCGAAGAAACUUUACAUGAGAUGUGGUGCUGUAUGCAAGAAGCUCGUGGUGAUACCUGGGGGCGCUCACGAUGACACUUGGACCUGCCGGGAUUACUACGUUUCAAUCCAAGAGUUCUUAGUUAACGUCCCUCCACUACCUGAUGACAUUGGACCUUUUUUCGACAAUGAUCAUGACUCCGCCGUAAGACAUACCAUAGUCCACACAGUAUAAUUAAAAUAACAUUAGAAAAAAAUUAUAGUUAUGAAAAUUAUCACUAGAAAUCGCAAUAGGCAAGUAAAUUUGUGUAAUCUUCAAGCAAUACAGAAAGAGUAGAGAAAGCGUCCCUCUGAAAUCGAAGAUAACAAAAAAAUUGUUUUAUUACCUACUUUUACAAAACUUUUCUUCUAAAUACACCACUGUAGCAAAGUAUAUGCUAGUUACACAUCAAAAAUGUACAAAAAUAUACAAUAUAAUAAUUCCAGGACAUUAAAGGAAACUAUAUGGAUAAUAUCUAUUUUAUGAGUAUCACUUCUUUGAAAUAUAGGAAAAUAUACUUUGCCUGUUUCGAUCUCCGCCAAUCGCACUUAAAGGAAUAUUUUUUUACAAAUUGAUAACAUGCAUUUUUAAUAUCUUAGUAGAAAAUUGGAAAGGCUUACGCCGAUUUAAAUACUUCGCUAAUAUACAUAUAUGUAUAAAACUGCACAAUGUAAUGACUAGUUUCAAUUUUAUAGUAUACUAAAUAUGUUCUUAUGCAUGGUACAAAUUGCCAGUGUAAAAAAUAAAUGUAUUUAUAUACAAACUUAGAUUCUACUUAUAAGUAUAUACUAAUGUUUGAAACUAAGCAAUAAGUAAGUCUUGCAAGAUAGUAUUUUGCGUUAAAAUUUCUGUAUAAUUAAAUAGUCCACCUUCAUGGUUCUUGGCCAGUGAAGUAAUGAACUUACGCCUACUUUUUCUGACCCAAAUCAUCACCUGUUGAAAACUCUAGUCCAAAUGAUAAUAGAAUUCCUAGUUCAAUAAACAAUUCUAAAAUAUUAGUAAGACAACAAAAUUGUAGCUCCUAGUGAUAGAAGCCAGAAUCGCGAAUUAGUAACGCAAUACGUGUGUCAAUUCCAUGCCUAUAAGUAAGUUGUUAAGCUGUUGUUGUCGUACAAAAUAAAUACACUAAAAUAGUUUAUUAGCAAUUUUCCUAUGGCGAGAUGUAUUGGAGGUGUUAGUGACGUUUACGUAACUUAAUUAUUAUGUUUUAGUCAGUAUAGUUAUGAUUUAUUGAGGUCCAAAUGUUGAACUCAAAUUUGUUCUUUUUUUUUAAAAGAAAAAGGCUCGUAAUUUCACUGGCAUUAUAAAAAUGUAUGAGUAUUUUGGAAAGGUUCGAUUUGACUUGUAAAUAUCAUAAUUAGAACAUCGCUUGAAGGUUGCUUUGUUUAUGUGCUUGUUUGUAGAUGCGGAGGGUCACACGCACAUGUGACUAUAUAUUUAAUGUGUGGCCGUGAGUACAAAUCGAUUCGAUCGACGUAAAAAAUACUUAAUGUGUUGUCAUAUCAUAUUUACAGACAUUCCUAGAAAAAUUUUUUGCAUUGUUAUUUUUUACGUCUAGUAUCUUUAUAGUAAAGCCAGAAGUGAACAUCACAAAAUGUAAAAGUUUCUUUUAACAUAAUAGCUGAAUGACUUAGAAGAUAGAGUGAAAUACUCUAUCUUCUAAGAAUUUCGUCGUUCCUAAAGUAUGAAUACGUACUUUCUAUAUUUUUGUCAAUGUAUAGAUAUUUUGGAAGGUUUUAAUGUUUACAUCAUUUCGACGCUGACGGCAUGUGUGCAACAUUAAAAUGAAUUAUAACGAAACAUAGGAAAUGAAACUAAUUUUCCGGAUUUAAAUCGCGUGUAUUUAUUUUUAACAAUCGCGAAAACCUAAGAACUC